AUGCAAAAAGAACUUGAACCAGUGAAAGAAUUAUUUAUCAGGCCAAUUCCAGCAGAAGUAAUUGAUAUUCAACCACAUUUUUCGGUGUGGUAUGAUUGGGCACGGAUCCAGUGUGGGGUCCAGAGCCUGUCACAUCGAAAUGAUAAGAACAACGAUAAUGAAAUUAUACAACAACAUCAUCAACAAUCAUCAUGUCAUUGUCAUCCACCAUCACCAUACAAAAUUAAUGAACUUUGGUCUCUUCAAAAUGCAUUUAUGUAUGGAUGUAAAUUAUUUAUCGACAAAUCAUGCAGAUUAAGUCAUUGGUCAUUAAGUUUAUCAUCAAGUCAUUCAUCAUUAUCACAUGUUGAACGAAUGAAGAUGAUCCAUUAUGCUACACAUGAUGUUAUGGCUGUUACAUUUUUAAUACGACCAAUCACUGAAAAUUGGACUUUUGAAAAAAUUAAAAAUAGGAAGAUCGGUGAAAUAUUUGUCGCAUUUAAUUCGACUAAACUUCCACCAUUACCAACAUCAAAAAAUAAAAAAAAUAAAAAAAUUAAGAACAUCAACAUGCAAAAAUUCGCUACAUUAUUUAGGUGUAAUGAUUCAGCAGCAGAACAAAUUUCGUCGGAUGAUGAGAUAUAUUUGAAUCAAUUAAUUGAACCAAAUGAUUUUAAAAAUGAACAAAAUAAUAAUAAUAAUAAUAAUGAUGAUGAUGAAAUUAAUUUAUUACAAGAUCAAAUUGAACCAAUUGAUGUUGAUUAUACACCAGUCAUCAAUGAUGAUGAACCAACUGAACCAACACAACAACGAGAACCUGAACCAACUGAACAAGAAUUAAAUGAUAUUGAAUUAAUUAUUAAUGCUGAAAAUCAACUUGAAAAACAUCAUGAUAAUGAAGGAAUUAAACCAAAUGAAGGUCUUGAGAAAAAUCCACCAAAAAGGAAAAAUAAACCACAUCGUCAUCGUGAACGUUCACAAGCAGCAAGAAAACGAAAAAACAAAAAAAGAACUAAGAAACUUCGUCUACAUCGUUAUCGAUAUUGUGUUACUCAACCAUUAUAUUUUAAAUAUCCAAUGGCAUUGGUGAGAAUGGUAUUAGAUGAAUACAAUAUCGAUUAUGUACACGUUAAGAGACAAGAAGGAUGUUUAGUAGUUGGUCUGAAGAACAAGUUAAUCAAGAAACAAUAUGAACGACAAAUACCAGAAGAUUUAUUUGAUGGAAGAAAUUAUCAACGUCAUUAUCGACGACAACGACGAACAAGAUAA